UACAGGUUACCUCUCCUUUGGGUACAUCUGAGCACUGUCUUUUGAAAUCUGUAUCGUCAUAUUCUCCACCUCAUUACCCAAAGUGUAUGACGAAUAUGGUGGUAUAAGUCAGUUAAUUGGGAUGAGAUGCGACACUUUCUUGCAUUCUGUCCUUGGCCGGGAGGUCCGUCUCUAUUCUGCGGAUACUUCGAGCUGCGCGGAUGCGAUAACCGAUAUGUUGCAUCAAGUUAUGGAGAUUUUAUCCCUUUUCUGACGCUCCCACCGGUAGUACAGCUCGCCCAUGAUUUAAAGCUGAAUGCGCCUAAGCUGAAAAGGAUAUCUAUUCUGGGUUGACACUAGAGACCGCAAAGCUCCGGAUAUCAGCGCCAAGAAGAGAGCUUUGAUAUUUUCAACCAAAAAAAGCGUUACGGAAAGCCACUAUCGAUCGCAUUAAAACAUAUAUAUUGGCGCAAAACUCUGCCAGACAAUCCGGCAUUAGAACAUUUGGUCUCUUACCAAUACUAGCGCAUACGGCUAAAGAGAAAGCGGACUUUUUCGCGUCUCUUUUUGCCUGCAAUUCGCGUCUGUACACUGGCAACAACGUUACACCUGAAUUACCUCACUCGCGAUCUCUUGCGGUGUCUAGACGUGAAUAUAGCUAGUGGACCAGAUGAUAUACCAGCUAUAGUUCUAAAGGCUUGUGCACCUGAGUUGUCUCCUGUGCUGCCUGACACGCUUGUUCCGCCUGUCAUUUAGGACUACAAUAGUGCCAAAAUCCUGGAAGUUGGCCACAACGUGUAGUCUGUUAGAAAAAAAAAGGCAGCCACGCCGAUCUUGCCACUUAUCGGCCAAUCUAAAUUACCUCCAUACUCUACAAGUUUAUGGAGCGUCUAUUGAACGCUCCCUUAAUGGCAUACCUAGAACAGAAUAACCUUCUCAGUGACCGCAAGUAUGGGUUUCGCCGAAAUCGGUCAUAUGGGGACCUUCUAGCGUAUGCUAUGCACGUAUGAAGAGAGGCACUUGAGAACAGUCUUCCCCACUUGCUGUUUCUCUUGAUUUCUCGAAGUCGAAGACCUUUGACAGAGAUUGGCACGCUAGUUAUUUUGGUAAGCUUCCAGCGUACGGCUUAUCCUCUAGCCUGAUUGACUGGGUAAAGGACUACCUAAGGAGUGAACGGUCUCUCCGGGUCGUGGUCGAUGACUGCUCAUCCGAUCCUGUGGCGACUAACGCCGGUAUUCCUCAGGGGUCCGUUCUAUGGGUAUACAGAUGAUAGCACAGUUGUGGAGAGUUACCAACCAAGUGCUAAGAGGCUUAUUGGUGACCUGAAUCUGGUUUAAAACCAAUCUUACCAGCCUCGAAUACAAGCGCAAAGUAGCUUUCGGUUUUCUACAGGAUCAUUUCGGAGAGUCCUUCCCGUCCCCUUUCCCUUCCACCAUCGGACAACCAGACGUUCAGCCAGUCUCCACCCUUUCGUUGUUGACUUACCACGCGUUCGAACGAAACAAUUUGCUAUAUCGUUCAUCAUGCGUACAGCAAAGGAGUGGAAUAAGUUGCCAGCAUCUCUCUUUCCAUCCGAUUACAAUGUGAAUGUCUUCCAAGACAAGAGUGAAUAGGCUUUUGUUAAGUCAGUUCACUUUACCAUCUUAGGCUACAGCACCAUUUACCAUCCGGAUUAUAGUGCUGGCUAAAAUAGUAAAAAAAAUAUAUAAUGGUAGUAGCAAGAAUGGGUGGGCUCGACCGGGGAAGAACUACGCUCCCACAGAAUACUAGCGUGAAGUAGAUAGGAGCUUAAUGUUGUCGUUAUUCAUAUGGUGAGUGCAGAGAAUCGGAGCUUCACCGGAGGAGACCGUUUUUACUGGAAACGUGGUAUUCCAUCUUAGUCCUCGGGAGUGGUAAGGCAUCUGCAUUUUAAACACGGUCGCACAGAUUUUGUUCCCGGUGUCUGUUCUAAUACGUACUAAAUUAUCAUCAUCAUCAUCAUUACAGCCUUUCAUAAGUCCACUGCUGAACAUAGGCCUCCCCCAAGGAAUGCCACAAAGCACGGUCCUGCAUCCAUCGACUUCCUGCAUGCCUUACCAGGUCGUCACUCCAUCUCGUGGGGGGUCGCCCUACACUUCGCCUACCGGUACGAGGCUGCCACUCGAGAACCUUUCUUCCCCAUCGGUUGUCGGUUCUUCGAGCUAUAUGGCCGGCCCACUGCCACUUCAGCUUACUAAUCUGUUGGGCUAUGUCGGUUACACUAGUUCUACUGCGGAUAUUCUUAUUUCUAAGUUUAUCACGCAGAGAAACUCCGAGCAUAGCCCUCUCCAUAGCUCGCUGAGCGACCUUGAGCUUCCUCAUACGGCCAGCUGUGAAGGACCACGUCUCAGUUCCGUAAGUCAUCACUGGCAACACGCACUGGUUGUACAAUUUCGUUUUAAGGUUUUGAGGUAUGUCUGACGAGAAAAUGUGUCGUAGCUUCCCGAACGCUGCCCAGCCGAGUUGAAUCCGUCGAUUGACCUCUCGGUCGAAGUUGGACUUACCUAGUCGGACUAUUUGUCCCAGGUAAACAUACUCGUCAACAACUUCGAGCUUAGUGUUCCCAACAACUACCGGCAUAGGUGUGACAUGGACAUUAAACAUGAUCUUUGUUUUGUCCAUGUCCAUCUUAAGACUAAAUACUAAAUUAUGGUAAAUGAUAAUUUCUUAUUACUUGAUACUGGCAAGUCCAACCGUACAAGUCUAUUACUAAAGAACAAAAUAAGGAACGUAUAUUUUUUAAUCCUUCCUUUUCAGCAGCCCGUAUACUCUCGAGCCUUUCUGAUGGUGAUCGUACGGGCGUGAGCCUUUCUGAUGCUGGGGCCACAGUAACGAGAAACAUCAAUGCCCAUAAACGCACCAAUUAUUGCCUUAAUUUUAAUGCGAUAAAGUGAGUGGCCACACUUGGAACGGUCAACGUCAUUUCAAUUUCAAUGCCGUUGAAAGGCGCGGCGUUAAUGUUCCUUGAAUAUAUUUUAUUACAUAAAAAUUCUUAUUAUAUGAACAUAUUUUAUCAUAUUAUAUUUUUUUAUAUUUAUUUAAAUGGUUUCUAUAUUAUUAGGCUUUCCUUCUUGUUUUUAAUUUCUUCGAUAGUCGUUUUAAAAGGUAAUAAUUGCAUUAUUCAUCGCCAAGCAUCAUUUUUCGAUGUACAAUUCUUAAAACUUUUGAGUCUUGAAUCCCACAAACAUAGAUAUGUUUGCAGAAUCUCUAACGUAAGAUUUUUUUCAUUAUUCCACUCCAUAGCCAUACGUGCGAUCCCGUUGCGCUCACCGUGCACAAUGAGACAAACGUAGUGUGGCCGCUUCAACGCGUUAACCUCUUUGAUGUACCGCCACUCGAGUUAUCGCCCAACGGCAAACAGCAUUAACAAUGCCGUUGUAAAAUUAUCGCGUUAAGUGAUGGCCACACCUACAUUCAACGCCAGUAGCCCAGGCAUUAAAGUACGUACGUACGCUUUCACGGUUGCGGUAUCGGACGUGUCGUCCCUAUAACUCUGUUAUGUGAUCUAGUUAUCGUUUAUUAUAUUUAUUUUUUAUAGAAUAAGAAUGAUAAACGAACACAAUCUACCUGAUGGUAAGUGGGUAUUGUGAUCCAUAGACAUCAGUAUCUAUCCUCGGUUAAGAAUCAAAAUGCAGAUGCUUUGUCACCCUGAAAACUACGACAUUGCAGACUUAAUUUAAUGUAAUAAUCGUAGUAUAUUUGACAUUUUAGUAUAAAUCAAAGUGCUUUAUGGUUUUAAAUAUCAAAUUGUUAAAGAAAUUACACAUUAACAUGAUGCGUAUGCUAUGCAACAAGUGUCACCGUAAUAUGCUAUUGUUUAAGAUUUUAUUUGAAAUUAUUUCAGGUGUGUAGAGCCGUUGAGGCUGGGUUCUUGGCCCAAAACCGACCUGGCACAGUUCCUAUGCGCGUACGAGCAGUGCGCCCUGCAGAUGGAUGUAUUGAGGGAGGCGGAUCUAAAGAGCGUGUGGGAGCGCUACAUGCGAGUGGUGAGCCAGUGCCUGCUCACCAUGUACCACCCGUAGAUACGUUUUGUACCUUUUGUAUAAAUAUGUUUACCUUUCUUAGUAAUUUAUUCUGAAUAUGUGAGAAUUAAACUUGAGAAAUUGCGUGAAAAAUAAUAGUUAAAUAGUUGCUGUGAACUUUAACAUUGUUUUUGAUAAAAUAAACAUCACUUAUG